AUGUCUUCCAUUACAAAGAACACUCUCCCUACCCAAACCCAACCUCAACCGUCUCCAACCACCAAAGAUACACCACCCGCGACCGAUAUCUCUACCAAAUCAUCCACUAUGCGAUCCAAGUUUAAGGACGAGCACCCGUUUGAGAAACGCAAGGCUGAGGCCGAACGCAUCCGCCAAAAGUACUCCGACCGUAUCCCCGUCAUUUGCGAAAAGGUCGAGAAGUCGGAUAUCGCGACGAUCGAUAAGAAGAAGUACCUGGUCCCCGCCGACCUGACCGUAGGACAGUUUGUCUACGUGAUCCGCAAACGCAUCAAGCUCUCACCCGAGAAGGCCAUCUUCAUCUUCGUCGACGAGGUCCUGCCACCUACAGCUGCCCUGAUGAGCAGCAUUUACGAGGAGCACAAGGAUGAGGACGGGUACGUAUUCACCUUCCGGUCGUAA